GCGUCGGACCGAGCCAAAUGGCUCAUGGAGAACCAGGGCCUGCCCAGGGAAGCCGCGCAACAACGCGUCAUUGCCGAGUUUCCCAGCGAGUUUGGUGCUAGUCGUUGUUGGAAUCCCAAUGAGGAUUGCGGCGGUCUUCGCGCAGAGGAUCGAGCAAAGUGGCUCGUUCAGAACCUGGGUCUUAGCCCGGCGGAUGCCCAGAGAAAGAUCAUGGACGAAUUCCCGAAGGGUUUCCUAUGCUUAGAGACGCCGGAGCCUGGCAUGGGCAGGCUGAGCUGGCUGCCGCAGCCAGGGACCAAAGCUCCUGCGGUCGGGUAUCAUUCUGGCAGUGAUGAGCUCCAGGGCAGUCCAGAACCAAACCCGCCCAGCUGGCCUGACACCGUGAAGGUUCUUAGCAAGGCCUCAGGCUAUGAGGUGGUGGACAGAAUCUACGAGGAAAUGGCUUCCCUGGACAGAGGUCAGUUCUCCACCAGCAGAUAUGCCCUCUUCUUUGAGGCUUCGCCAAGAAUGCAUGAGGUGGAUGUCCGAGUUGGAUUCUAUACAUCAGUCUAUGGCUUGGGAAGGCAUCCAUCUGAUACCAAAAUUCGUUCCGUGACAUCCACCAACGAGACACCCCAUCCAGAGCUUGGCUCGUUACAGAACUUCUGGCGGAGCGCCGAGAACUUCCAAACCAACUGCCAUCCCACAUACACCUGCGGUGGCCAGGGUGGCAUGCUGUGGGCGGUGUCACAGGCUGCUCCUUUGCGACGAGCGGUGGUGGACGACAACCUUUGCCUUUCGUAUUUCCGGCUCCCCCCAACAGGCGUGAAGGCCAGCGAUCCACGCUAUCCAAAACAAGGCGCCUGCCUCGAGUACGACGGCUGGGUCAAGCUUGGGUAUCGGGAUCCGAUUGCAGACUUCGCCAGCGGUGGCUUCAUGGCCAACGUCGACGUGAGGGGCACGGUAAGCCUUGGCUCCCAGCAGCAGUUCUUUGCGCGGAACUGUUCGGCGAAGCGUUGGGAAUCAGGCGCUUGGAGCUUCGUUUUCGUCGGGUGUCCUGGAGCCCCCCAUAGCGAGCCUGUGGAGGCUACAUCCAAAGGCCCUGUCUACACCCGUCUCGACGCUUCGGAGGUGAUUGCAGAAAAGCCCUUCAUCAUCAAAGAGAAUGACGGCCGCUACAAGCUGGUGGUUCCUUCAGCCUCCGCUGGCCGCAGCGGCACUGACUUCGAGCUUGCAGAGGAGGAGAUACGAGACUUCAGCGCAGUCUAUGUGGCUCUACCCUCGAGCGGAGCCGGCGAAAUCAACAAGAAGCUGGCUGAAGGUAAGGAUAUUGUUUUCUCUCCAGGAAUCUACCACCUUGAGGAAACCCUCCAUGUGAAGAGGAGCGGCCAGGUGUUGCUGGCUCUGGGCUUUGCGACUCUGGUGGCACCAGCCGACUCGCCUUGCAUCGUAGUAGAUGAUGAUGCUGCAGGCAUCCGGAUCUCAGGCAUGAUGCUGGAGGCUCCAUAUAGACCACUGGAAAAGGCCUCGCCUGCCGGGCUGGCCUCGCCAGGGCCAAAGGCGCUGCUUCAGUGGGGGUGUGGGAACUCAACGAAGCGCGAUCCAGCUGCGCUUGCAUCCUGGGGCUUCCUGCAUGACUGCUUUGCUCGUGUCGGUGGGCAGGAGGCUCCGUUCACGGCCCGGGACGAGAUAGAUGCAACAAGGAGACCCCAGACCCGACCUCACAGCGACGUGCCGCUCUUCGACUCGGAAGCGCGCUGUCGUACCAUGGUGCAGCUUCAAACACCCUGUGUUGUCGGUGACAACUUGUGGCUAUGGCGUGCGGACCACUGGCUCAGUGACCAGUACUUGGUGUACAAUCAUGAGAACCGAUGCGAAACCGGAUUGCAUGUUGGGCAGGCGGCAAGAUACGUCACCAUGUAUGGACUUUUCGUAGAGCACACGCUGGGCAACAUGACGUACUGGGAAGGAGAGGACGGCACCACUUUCUUCUAUCAGUCGGAGCUUCCAUACGAUGCCAUGGAUGUUGAUGGUGCUAGCAAGGUAUCGACAUUGCCGUACUCAGGUUGCGGGUACUGCGUGGCAGAUCAUGUGCAACGUCAUGUCGCAUACGGUGUUGGGGUCUACUGCUACUUUCGUGACUACGACAUCACUGUUCCUGCUGCCAUUGUUGCACCAGACAAUGCAAGAAUCAAAUUUCAGAAUGCCUUUACGAAGUGGCUAAAUGGCGGUCCAAAAGUGUAUGCGCCAGAGUCCUGCCUGCUUGUGUGCGAGAAGAAGUACGGCCACAUUCAGUGCGUUGUGAAGAAGGGCUCUCGCCCUUUGGGCGCUUCCACGGACAACGACAAGGUUCGAGGAGGAGAAGCGGAGUCGCAUUCUGCCAAGGAGGCCGCGCUUGUGAAGCUUCAAGCACGCUUGGCGGAGGCCGAAGCAGCGCAGGUGGAGCUGGAGGUUCAGUCCGCAAAGAGCUUUAAUCAGCUUCAGGAGAGUGCGGAGGGUGACAGAGCAGCUUUCAGUCAAGAGCUGCGUUCUCUGCAGCGAAAUGUCCGCUCAGAGCUGGACGCUUGCUCAGAUGUAGCGCUGCCUUCGCGUCAGGCUCGCCUUGAAGCACAACUGGGUGAGAUGCGGCUGGAGCGAGAAAAGGCUGCGCAAGAGUUACGUGCGGUGCAGGGACGAGAAGUUGAUCUGCGCAAGGACCUGGAGUCUGGAAGCCGUGAGCUGAAAAAAGCCCGCGAGGCACACCAGAUUGAAGUGGAUCUCCUGGCUGCGGAACUUCAGCAAUUCCAGGAAGAACAAGGCCAGCUUGAAGAAAAGCUUCGAAGCUGCGAGGCACAGGAACCCAUGCUGCGCGCCCGACUAGAGGAAGCCCAAGCUCAAGUCUUGGAGGAGUCGCGCCUUGGCAGACGCUCGCUUCAGCGACAGCAGCGGACCUUCCAGGCGCGUGAGCGUGAGACUGAGCUGGCCACUGAGCAGCUCCACCAGGAGCAGCAGCACCUCAUUGCUCAGCUGGCUGAUGCUGAGGCAAAGCUGGUCGUGACAAAGGAGCAGCUGAACAAGGCUCGGGAGGACAAACUCACCGACCGGCAGCGAUUGGAGCGUCAGCUGGAUAAGUUCAAAGCUGAGCUUGGGGAGCAGAGGCAGCUUCGUGAGGCUGUGGAGAAGGAGAAGAGCUACGUGGAGCUGGGCGGGAGCCGGCAGAACCAGGUACAGUGGUGUGAUGUGUUUGAUGUUGCUAACCUAUCCUGUUAUGCGCGUUUCAGAGGUCUGGAGAAGGGAGCACACGGCUCAGAUUCGGAACCUGCGAUCAGCUUCGAAGCAGCUCACAGUGCAGCGCUUAGUAUGUUGCUGCAAUUCUUUGGCAUCCCACGGGUGGCCAAGCUGGCCUUGCAGGAGCGCCUCGACUUCUUAGAGUCCUCUAGCAACUUGGAUGCAGCAAGUGCGCCCAAAGCAGUGCCAAACGGCCGAUGCCAAAUGGCCACGCUGUGGGAUGCCUUGGGCAAAGCUGAAGAAGCCAGGUUCGGCCUAGUAUGCGACCAGCAAACUUCGCAGCCGACCCUAUGCGAUGCAGAGGAAUCACCGCCCAGUCCACACGAAGUUCUAAAUUGGCUUGAUGGCACCAACAGUGCUGAUGGCGGCAGCAUUGCUGAUGUGAAUGACGCGACGUCGGAACAGAUGUCCGUGGAGUCCCCUUCAAAGAAGCACUUGAUGUCGGAUUCCCCUUCCAAGUCUUUCCGCAGUCUCACAGAGUUGGAUGGGGCUCAGUCGAAGCCAUCCGGCCCGGUGCUUUCGACGUUUGAGAAGUACGGAGACUACAUCGCGGGUGGUUUGGUGGGUCUCAACUCCCUGACCAUGCUUGUAGAGCUCCAAUUGCAAGGGAUGGCUUCUGGCUUUCUGCUUGGGCAGUCUGACAAGCCUCCAGCAGCUGGUGACGGACUUUUGUUUAAGACCUUGGACAUGCUUUUUGACGUGAGCUUCGUGAUUGAGCUGGUGAUGCGCAUCAUUUUGGAAGGGCCCAACUUCCGCAAAAGCAUGGCUAACUGGUUUGAUGCAACUCUAGCAGGAGCCGCAUUGAUAGAUCUCUGCCUGAUUGUUGUUGUAGAUGUCGCUGGAGCUCCCGUGCAAGCCUUCACGAUGUUUCUAGUCCGGGCAUUGACUUCUCUUCGGGCAGUGCGCCUUCUACGGGCUUUUCGCUUCUGUCGGGGUCUACAACUGCUUCUGAAGGCGUGUCAAUCGUUCUUGUCUUCGCUGUUUUGGGCCAUGGUCUUGCUCGGAGUUUUCAUUAUGAUGGGGUCCCUGAUGAUGGGGAACCUGCUGCAAACAUUCAUAUCGAGCGAAGACGAGACAUUCGAGGACAGGGUAUGGGUCUGGAAAUAUUACGGCACUGCAUAUCGAUCGCUGUAUACCUUGUACGAGGUGACCUUCGCGGGCUCAUGGCCACAGAUCACACGCCCAGUCCUGGAGAAGGUGAGUCAGGCGUUCAGUAUAUUUUUCAUAUCCUAUAUCACCGUGAUUGUCUUUGCUUUAAUCCGAGUGAUUACGGCCGUUUUCUUGAAGGACACGCUGGAUGCGGCGCAGAAUGACGCCGAAUUGCGCAUUCAGGAAGAAAUGCGGAAGAAGACAGCCCUCGUUGAAAAGCUGGAAGCCAUGUUCCAAGCCAUAGAUCAGGGGGAUGGCAUAGUCACAGAGGAUCGCCUGAAGAUGAUCUUCUCGAAUCCGAAGGUCCAGGCAUACUUCCAGACCCUUGAUGUUGACGUGCAAGAAAGCGCCGCUCUGUUCCAUAUCCUCGAUGAUGGGGACGGUGAGGUCACCUUGGACGAGUUCAUCAACGGCAUUAUACGUUGCAAGGGUCCCGCAAGAGCCAUCGAUCAGGUCGCUAUGCAAGCUGACAUGCGACACGUUAGCAAGCAGGUUAGCAAGCUCCUCAACAUGCUCACCACUGGUGGUGCGUCGCCGAAUUUCACUGACAAAAUGUCGCCAUCUUCCGUGAUGGGACAAAGCCACAAUAUGACUGAGGCCAUGAAAGUUUUCAGAGUCAGAUAA